AUGGUGAAAGUUACGAACCAAGCAUUAGCGGCAUUGGCAGUCAUAACGACUUUUGGUGUGAUAUACUCCCUCAUAUUUGACACCGCCCUCGACACCUCAAAUCCCUUACUUGCCCACAUACCCCAACCAAACAGGACAUCUUAUUUUGCCCAAAAGUCGAAUAUUUUCAACGUAUUAUUUGUAAAGAACGCAUGGGGUUGGACUAGCAUUGCUUUCUUGACACUCUAUGCCACGUCUCCACCGGAGAAGGCAAAGCUGAGAAGGCUUGGUCGAUGGGUAGUGACGACUUUCGUUUGGGCAGUGUUUGCGUCAUGGUUCUUCGGACCCGCAUUAUUUGACAGAAUUAUCACCGCGUCUGGAGGGCAGUGUCUUAUUCGCCUCCCUCAAGCCGUCUCCACUGGGACAGGGAUUGCGGCAGACUCUCGCUCCCCCUAUGUUGCGAUUCCCGUGGAAUAUUGUGAAGCCAAGCUAAAGUUAUCGCCUCGCACCCAUCCUACACUCUUCACGGACCCAAGAAUUGUCGAUGCGUUCGCUGCAUCACAGGGGAAGAGCCUGUCCGAGCUAGACAUUUCCUUCAGACCGAAGCUGUACUACGGCCAUGAUGUCUCUGGUCACCUCUUCCUCCUCACUCUAUCUAUCCUUUUCCUCGUUGACCAGGUUGGCUAUUCGCUCCCACCACCGUUCACCUCCUUGGAUGCAUCGUCCGCUCCCGCUUCUAAACCUAGCGCUUUGCACGUAGCAACAGUUUACGGAACCCUUGCACUCAUCUCGUUGUGGUAUUGGAUGGCAUUCACAACAUGUGUAUAUUUCCAUACAGUGCCAGAAAAAGUCAGCGGUUUUGUGAUUGGUGUAGCUGGAUUUCUUUUCACUACUCUCGUCGUUCCGUGA